UCUGAUGAAGCGUGCAUGCGCACACGCAACAGCUGUCACCCAUUCGUAUCCAGAAGCAUUUGUGAGAUGUCCUGCUAACUGAUGUGAUGCACCUUUGAAAUAAAGAAUGAAGCACUGUUUGCACUUUAAAGCUGACUCUCCGUUACACUGGCCUAUACAAAUAGUCCACACAGUUCCUGAAGAUGGAGGAAAACUAAUCCAUAAUGGGGUUCAAGCAAUCAAUAGUAUGCCAGUCAUUCAACGUAGGACUCGCCGCCACCGUACAAUAUUCACAGAAGACCAGUUACAGGCUCUAGAGGAAACUUUUCACCAAAAUCAGUAUCCAGAUGUGAUUGCUCGAGAACAGCUAGCCGGCCGAAUACAUCUUAGAGAGGAGAGAGUAGAGGUAUGGUUCAAGAACCGAAGAGCAAAGUGGAGAAGGCAAAAGAGAGUCACAGCAUCCAUCAUCAUCCUCAAAGGAAACGAAAACAGAGAUGACUCUUGUUAGCAGCUCAUGAAGCAUUAAAUGACCAGCAAAAAGAAAUCAAUAAUAAUCUGCCUUACAAGACUACAGGUCUAGGUUAAUGUUGCUUUUCCUUUGUACCAAAUAUUUCCUCAACUUUCUAUGUGUUUAGAUUUCCAAAGCAGUUCAUUGUGUCACUAUGAAAUAAAAACUUAGCAUUAUGUGUUUAACAUAGGUGAAUGUUUUUAUUUACAUUUACAGAGCAGUUCGUAUGUAUUUUAGUCUUCUUUCAUAUGCACAUAAUACGGACACAUGUCCCAACCUGACUGCUGUUAUGAUGACUUGAACUGACAGUAUCAUAGAUCACUAGGAUGCUGGGAUGUCAGAAGCAGCUGUACAAUCAACUAUGUGAAAAAGCUGCACAGAUUCUACAGCAACAAAAUAUCUCAACAUUUUUAUUAAUUAGAAAGUUGCUUAAUUUUACAAUUAGGAAGCAAAUAAACAAUACAUUAUUUAGUGCAAAUUUGUCCAUAGUCUUCAUGCCUUGAUGUUCUUAGGACCUGGAUGUCAGAUUGGUAGAGUUCAACACAAGUAAGUGCAAUAUAGAAAAGAGGUUACAUUGAUCCUGGGAAUGUUGUGUCUCCUUCAUUGUUUAUAAUGGCUUGGUAACACAACUUGAAUGAGACUGAACAGGAUUACGUUGCAGCAUCAGGCACAGAUAUUUGUAUGGAUGAGCCUACAGAACCUCUGUUAUUCACCUUGCCCAACUCUAGCAGCAUGUCCUGGAAAAUUGCUUCAAUUUCAGCCAAAGGUUACAACUGAACCCCUCCCUUUUGGUCCCAUUGUCAGUUACAGCCAGAUUCAGCUCCUCUCCUUUCCAUUGCUGACAGUGUGGCACUGCCAGGCAACCAGCUCAUACCAGUUUCUGUUUAUUGUUCUUUGGCUCCUGAUACACCCUGACUUUGUUCUGUGAUAUUGCUCCAUCCUUGCCCUUGGGAUAGUUUGCCUAGUACCUGUUGUUGCAGUCCUGGCUCUGACCCCUGGCUAUCUACUGACUACACUCAUCAUCUGGGCUGUCACAUUUAGAAUAUCCUCCUGGUGAUGUGCCUCGGCUCUGUCCCUGACCAGCCUACUGUACCAGUGUUGCUACCAACAAUAUAAAGAACAGGGAGAUUCUUUGGCAUCCAGACCCUGGUCUAGCCAGUGCCUAACUGAUUGUGGUUUAAGGAAUCCACAUGUGGUGAGCCAUGGGGUGUGAAGGUGAGGUGUAUGGGGCAGAUGUUGUAGCGCAGGGGGCAGAUGGUAUUAACCCCUAAAUGUUCAUGAAGCCAGGGCUUGGUUUUCUUGACGAGGGUACCGCUAGUCCUAGUUAGGCAGGACAAAAAAAGAGUCCAAGGCCAGGUCAGGGUUAACGGUAGCUUUACUGAGGUAGACAGAUGGUAACAGUCUUUACAGCUAGUCCAGGAUCCCAGAUAGGUGACCAGUAACACAGAGGGGACCUUGCAGCUUGCUGGGACUUGCAGUGACUUGACAGACUUUAGGACAGCCACGCUGACUAUGAUAGACUUGACUGAGGAUAGUGACAGCAGACAUUGAUGACUUGACUUACUGACAUGUUGGUGUAUUUUAGGCUUGAGGCCUCCAGGUGUGCUGGACACUGGCUCUGAGACGUCUGGACUGGACUUGACCACAGGAUCUAAGAGAGUCAUGGU